AAACGACUUCUCUUGGCCAAACGGGCUAUAAUCUAUCCUAUUCCCACAAUAACAAAGACAAUUAAGCCGUUGCAACGUUGUGCAGGAGAAAGAAUGACAGUUGACGACGAGAGCUCGAUAUAUGUGGGAGGGCUUCCCUACAGCGCCACCGAAGAAACUCUCCGUCGAGUCUUCGAUGUUUACGGUGCUGUUGUAGGCAUUAAGAUAAUCAAUGACCGUAAGGUUGGGGGAAAAUGUUAUGGCUUUGUCACCUUCACUAAUCCUCGGUCAGCCACGCGUGCCAUCAAUGAAGUGGAUGGGAGGACUAUUGAUGGGCGAGUUGUAAGAGUAAAUGAAGUGACUACAAGAGGUGGCAGAUCAGAUUUUGGUCGAGAAAGUAUUCGGCAUUCUGAGAGAGGGGUGAGAGGUGGUGAUACGGAUCGAGACUGGGAAAGAGGCUAUGAUCAUGAUGAUAACAGACGUAGGAAUGGGCAUAGAGAGCAUUCUCGAGAUCGCGAUCACAAGAGGGAGAGAGGAUAUGACCGAAAUCGUGAUCGUGGUCGAUCACGAGAUUAUCAAGUCAAUAGAGAUGGGGGUGCUGAUGAUGAAAGUCGUUUGGAGGAUGUUGAGCCGGAAGAUGAAAGGAUUCGAGAAAGUAGCUGGGAAAGAGAGAGGGACCAGCCUAGAAAGAUGCAGAAAACCAACAGUAACCAUAAAAGCAGAGAUAGAGAGAAGGAUCAAAUGCCUAAGCUACUGCCCCGGUCUAAUUUAGACGACCAUGUUAGUAGAGAGCUGUCAGCUGAGUCAAGUGAGAAUGAUCAGCAUCAGAUGGAAAGGCAAACAGAAAUUUCAGGUCGGAAACUUGAAGAACUUAAGAAAAAGGCGUCUUUGAUGGAGGAAUUGGUCAACGAGAAGCAAAAUUUGGUGUCUAAGUUACAGGAAAGAUCCAAGAAACUGGAGGAUUCAUUGACAGCUGCACAGAAGCUUACAUCACAGAGACAGAUGCAAUUAUCAAAGUUGUAUAAACAUUAUGCACAAGUAAGAGAGUGUGGUGAAAGGCUUAAAAUCUCAGAACAGGAACUACAGGCUCUGGUCCACUCCACGAUGAUGGAGGUAGAAAUUGGUUGAUAUAUUUGUGUAUGUGGUGGGUCCGACAAGUAGCAGACAUUGCCAAUUAAACUAGGUUCAACAAUUUUAUUGCACUUCAUAUAUGUUUGUAUGACACUCAUGUAUCCAAACCUCUUUCUUGCCGAUAAUGUAUUUCAUAUAUGUUUGUAUGGUGUUCAUGUAUGCGGUCCUCUUUCUUGGCCUAAAUGCAUGUUUUUUGGUCU